AUGGGAAGUACGAGAAGGUGCCGGUGGACACGGCCUCAGCACCCUAGAACAAGCCCCACCAUGUCUGACGAGGAAGUUGAACAGGUGGAGGAGGAGCAGUACGAGGAGGAAGAAGCAGCCCAGGAGGAAGAGGAAGUCCAAGAAGAGGAGAAGCCAAGACCCAGACUCACGGCUCCUAAGAUCCCGGAAGGGGAGAAAGUAGAUUUCGAUGACAUCCAGAAGAAGCGCCAGAACAAGGACCUGAUGGAGCUGCAGGCCCUCAUCGACAGCCACUUCGAGGCGCGCAAGAAGGAGGAGGAGGAGCUGAUCGCGCUCAAGGAGCGGAUCGAGAAGCGCCGGGCGGAGAGGGCCGAGCAGCAGCGGAUCCGCGCCGAGAAGGAGAAGGAGAGGCAGAACAGGCUGGCGGAGGAGAAGGCCAGGCGGGAGGAGGAAGACGCCAAGCGCCGGGCGGAGGACGACCUGAAGAAGAAGAAGGCCCUGUCCUCCAUGGGCGCCAACUACAGCAGCUACCUGGCCAAGGCCGACCAGAAGAGAGGCAAGAAGCAGACGGCCCGCGAGAUGAAGAAGAAGAUCCUGGCGGAGAGACGCAAGCCCCUCAACAUCGACCACCUGGGCGACGACAAGCUGAGGGACAAGGCCAAGGAGCUCUGGGACACCCUCUACCAGCUGGAGGUGGACAAGUAUGAGUUCGCGGAGAAGCUGAAGCGUCAGAAAUACGAUAUCACCAACCUCAGGAGCCGCAUCGACCAGGCCCAGAAGCACAGCAAGAAGGCCGGGGCCACCGCCAAGGGCAAGGUCGGUGGGCGCUGGAAGUAGGAGCAGCGCCCAGAGGUGGAGACCCUUGCUCCCUCACUGGGCCCCCUGCAGCAUCCAGCCCUCAGGCCCGGGCAGGGUGCCCGCCCCAGAGCACCCCACGUCUCUGCCCUCACUGCCCCCGCCCCCGGGGUCUGUGAAUAAAGCUCUG